GUUUAGCUUACAGCUGACUUUUAUUUAGGGUUUUGUUUACAUCUGCCUCAAAACUGUUUUAUACGAGCACAGAAUAGAAACCAAAAUUCCUUUAUUAAACUACAAAAUUAACAAUUAUUAUUAGCUCUAAAAUAAAUAAGUAAGUAAGAAGUAAUGAAUAGUGAAUCGGUAGCAUUAACACGAACUGCUUAACUGAACUCCAAGGACUGAAAAUACGUCGAAAUCUCUGUUAGUUAUCCGUAAUCCUGCAAGCAAAUGGAAAGAAUUAUCCACAUCCCGGAGCAAACAUCGACCCACUGUAUGAGAGCUCACUAGCCCCGUUCCACGCGAUAAGUCACAAGCCAAAUACAAAGAUAUAGUCGCGCUUUGCCAUUCAUAAAUUGAGUAUAUAAUAAACAAUCAAACCACCAAAAAACCAAAAUGUUGAGAAAAACUGCUUCAAAAUUUUCAAUUUACCCUGCAUUCCUAAGUAAAGCCUAAAUAUUUUGAACCCUACUGAGGUAUGUUGCGACGCUGUAUCAGCAUUCCCCCUACACUUCCGUACCAGCGGUCAGUGGUACAUCGAAGCUUUCAGUUUCAGUCUGUGACGCAAGGAAAGCGUCAUGCUGGAGAUCACGCGCCCUGCCGGCCAAAUGGAAUAAAUAGAAACGACAUCGAGCGCAUAAUUAUCAAAGAGACCAAAAUUUCACGUGAUCAUUUAACACCGGAGAUUGCACUCUAUCUCAUUACUCCCGAAUGUCGUCUCUUUCACGAACCUGUUCCCGCAGUUCACAGCGCGAAAUUAUUUAAAGGUGAUCCUUUUUGGGCGUUUUAUUGGCCCGGUGGUCAGGCAAUUAGUCGUUUCAUUCUGGACAAUCCAUCGUUAGUAACUGGCAAAUCGGUGCUAGACGUAGGCAGUGGUUGUGGCGCAAGUGCGGUGGCUGCGCUGAUGCACAAUGCAAAAUAUGUUGUAGCAAAUGACAUUGACGAAGUCGCUGGUUAUGCUGCUGUACUAAACGCUCAAUUGAAUGAGGUAAACUCCACACUUCUGCACAUUUGCACUCACAAUUUAAUAGCGGCGUCGACAUCAACAGCGCCACAUCUGAUAAAGGAAGACUUGAUUUUAUUGGGAGAUGUUUUCUACGAUGAAGAAUUUGCCGCCGUUUUGCAGCCUUGGUUGAAAAGUCUACGCAAUGCGGGAAAACAAAUACUCGUUGGGGAUCCAGGGCGGCAUGGCUUGACUGCGGACAGACGACGACUUAUGAGACGUUUAGCUAAAUAUGAAUUAGCAGAAAGUGGCUGCAUUGAGAAUAAUGGUUUUCGAUUUGUUAAUGUCUGGGAAUUGAAGUAAAAGUUGUGUCAAAAAUGUAUAACGGUAUCUAUUAAAAUUAACUCGUUAGGGAAAAUACGAGUACGAGUUGGUAACAGUAGAGCCGUUUUCAUUUUUUUGUAUUUGUUUGGUCCCUAAAUGAUCAAAUUUUGUUUAAAAUACUCUAAACUGUCAAAAUUUGUUUAUAGAUAUUGACAUUCUAGGGACCAAAUCAAAAACAAAACUCAUUGAUCUUGUUGUUUUUGUUCUACUGCUACUACCUGCCUUAGGGCAUGCGUACAAUAUUUAUUUCUACUUAGAGGCAAUAGUAAAGCGAAAAAUUCUACAAGAAAUUCGAAAUAAAUUGUGUGAGUUAAAGUGUUUGUGGAAAAUUUUAAUGAAACAAAUUUGUAUACCUGAAUUUAAAAAACGCUGUUUUAAAAACAAAAAAGGACAAAAAAAACUUAUGUAUUACUAUAAUUAUUAAAAGAAAGGGGAACUGUUACAUUUUAUCUGCAAACUUUUAAUAAACUUGUAAAAAAAUUCAGAAAUUUUCUUUUGUAAAUAAUUAACUAAAAAGCGUAAAAAAAUUGUUUGAGAAUUAUGUGGUUGAAAAAAAUAAAAAAUCUUUGAACAAAGUGGAAAGUUUUAAUGAAACAAAUUUG